AUGGAGUAUGAGAGUAAGGAGGUGGAGGAAGAGUAUUAUACAGAGGAGCGAUCUGAAGAAGAAGAGACGACCUGCGAAGAGAUUCCAAGCCUCGCCAUUUACCUGGCCACCCUGGAGAAAGUACUGACGUGGAAAGAAGAGGAGCCCACUAUCGAAGAACUGAAGGUAGAUCUGGACAACCUGUCGGAGAAAGAAAGGGUAGAAGUGGUGAAACUUUUUGAAGCAAAAGAAAAAUUGUUUACUAAGGGACUGGAUGAACUUACUCAAACCGACAAAAGGGCGAAAGGUGAGGAUGGCGAGGAAGAUAAAGAAAAAGGAAAUGAAGGAAAUAGCUGA